UAACUGCUAAUACUGCAGCUCAGUGGCUGAGUGGCUCAGUGCUCGGUCGCUCGUCGAACGUUAACGACUGUGGAAUUGUUCGAGAUCACUGAUCACUUUGGAACCGGUAAUUACCGGCGAAUACAUUUAUAGAACGUUUUUUCGACAAUUUUAUACGAUUUUUUUGAAAUUUACUUUCCAAAGUCAAGCUUGUAGUUUCAGUUUUACAUAUAAAAAUCAUCAACAGUUUCACUGUAUUGAGAAAAAAAGUAGAAACUGUUAAACUUUUGACAAUAAAAUAAAAAGAAAUCAUGACCUUGAUUUCGCAAUGAUUCAUUCGCAAUUAUCACCAUCGAAGUUUGUAACAACUUUAAAAAAUUGGCGGGAACACGAUUAUUUGAUAAAAGUGCGAAGAAAAAAAAGUAUUGUUUGCACCCACCAGCGUGUCUUAUUUUACGGUUCGAGUUCAUUCUCCAUCGAUCUCCCUAUAUUCGUGAUUCUCUAACCCUCGCGUGAUGUUUAAUCAGAUUUAAAAAAAUGCAUUGAAGAAAAGUAAACGAAGAGAAAAACAUUGAAAGUGAGUUUGUUAUGAUGGAGAGAUGAGUUUUAUUUGGCUGUCGAUUUGAGACGUAAAUAAUUGUUUCUCAUGGUAAUGUGAAUACGAAGAAAAAACAUGUGUUUCCUAACCUCUGGGCCAAGAUUUCGCGAUGUUUCUUCGAUCAUAACGAGAAAUUAUUAGUGAUUGAAAAUUAAUAACAAAACUUUGGAAAAAACUUCAACAAUGGUUUUACGACGUGCUAUUUGUCGCUUUGGAAAAAGCUAUGACUCAUCAAAAAUCACUUGUUUUUUGAGACACCAUGAUAGAAUUAAGCUUUCAGUAAGAUUUUUUCGUUCUUCAGCUCGUCUUACACCACAGGAGGUGUCUAAGAUCCUGAGGAAUAAUGAAUAUACCAAAGAAUUUGAUUCAUCUAGUUCUAUUAAAUUUUACGAAUCUAAUCAACUGGCAUCUAACAAUCCUAUUGAAGAUACAAGAUCAGAAGCAAAAUGCCUUUUAACCAACGGUUUUUUAAUGGGAAUAUUUGACGGACAUGGAGGCAGUGCAUGCGCUCAGGUAGUAGCAAAAAGAUUAUUUCAUUAUAUAUCAGCGUGUUUACUGCCUCCAAAAAUAUUGACGAAAUACAUAGACAGUCAUGGGAUAGACGAAAAUUUUCGUUUGCUGGAACGCUACAACGAUAAAUUGGAAUUUGUCUCAGGCAUAAAAAGCCUUUACAACAACAGUUUUGUUGCCUUCUUGCACGAUAUAGUGAAUGGAAAAAUAUCCUCUGACAAAGUAGAGGACUCAUUGAUUAGCGCUUUCCUUCGUCUCGACAAUGAUUUGUCAGACGAAGCACUGCACAAACUACGCUCAAAGGAUGCAGCUCGCACUCUCUCUGUUGCCAUGUCUGGAGCUGUUGCAGUUGUCGCUCAUAUUGACGGACCGCAUCUUCAUGUUGCUGGAGUUGGGGACUGCCAAGCUAUUCUUGGCUCCCAUACUGAAAACGAAGGUUGGUCAUACAAAUCGUUGACGGUGGAACACAAUGCGGACAAUCGUGUUGAAGUGGAAAGAAUAUUAUCGGAACACCCACCCAUGGAGAGAGCUACGGUGAUAAAAAUGGAGCGUUUAUUGGGUCAAUUAGCGCCUCUUCGUUCGCUGGGUGAUUUUCGUUACAAAUGGAGUAAGGAAUUGAUGAACGAGGUGGUAAUUCCAUAUUUGGGUGAAGCUGCAGUACCACCAAAUUAUUACACACCGCCCUAUUUGACAGCAAGGCCUGACGUGACGUAUCACAAACUUGAAGCGAACGACAAAUUCCUAAUACUUGCGAGCGACGGUCUCUGGGACUUACUGACCCCUAGCGAAGCAGUGCAUUUAGUCGCUGAGCAUAUAAGUGGAAAAAUGUCAAUGAAUCCUUUUAAAUUGCCGCAAUCGACGAUGAAGUUGUCAGAAAUCAAUGAAAUGCUUUUGCAGCGUAAAGAAGGCUUGCAAACAAAACCGCUGGAUGGAAACGCAGCCACCCAUCUUCUGAGACAUGCUCUUGGUGGAACUGACCAUGGAAUCGAACACAAUAAAUUGUCCCAAUUUCUCACUCUUCCUAGCGACGUCGUUCGAGUUUUUCGCGACGACAUCACUAUCACCAUCAUUUACAUGAAUUCCGAUUUCUUUGUAAAUUCAACUUAAUGAAUUGGAAUCGAUUCAAUUUGUACUAUAGUUACUCCAUUUCAUUUCGCCUCCGUCUCAUUUUUGUGAUAUUAUUUGCGUACCUUUUAUUGUUCCUUACGGAUUAGAAUCAUUUGCCAGAAUGAUUCAACAGUUUCAUUCAAUCAGAGCGUCAAUUAAAUAAAUGAGCAUACAAACAUUAA